AUGGGAGGUGAUUCGAUCGAUGGAAUCGGCGUUGCUGUGGCAGGCAGUGGCGAGGAUAGCCUCAGUGCUGGCGUUGGUGGUAGUGGUCCCCGUUUUGUCCCCCUCGUCUCAUUGCCUGCCGGCUACGUCAACCAAUCCGCCAUUACUGCUGCCGCGGUCGCAGCUGCAGCAGCCGCCGCCUCGGCCAAACCCACCAAUGGUGCGCCAUUCGGACAAUCACUGGUAUCCAAGCAGCCGCAACAGCAGACGCUGUCAACUCAACAACGAUCUACGCGCCAGAAAUCAGCGGAUCAGCAGCAGCACCACGUGGACCCCAACCACACCGAUGCAAACUGUGACUACAUUGUGAGACCUGGAGAGGUUUGGAUGAACCGCUACUACAUGGAUAGCCUCAUUGGCAAAGGUUCUUUCGGACAAGUCACUUUCAUCUUUCCAUCAAUCAAUCACAUUGCAAAAUGCCAUGUCAGAUCGAAAUCGCGUCAUUCAAGCAGCACUAGUACUUGCCAGCCUCACGAUAUCUCCCAAUGGAGACAUUCACCGUCCAUGACGAAUCUUCCAUCAUCGAUUGACUUGAGUUCGGGAACGAAUACAACACUUGAGGGCUUUCUGAAGAACGCAGAAAAUGAAAAAAAGGAAAAGUUGAGAAGCUUGAAUGGAACGGGUAUUCAUUACAUCUACUCGUUCGAUGCUAUGAACAGUGAUGGCCUCCCUGUAUCACUAGCUUAUGUGCGUUGGCCAAUUUAUGGACUUUUGAAAAAUGCACCCUUCUGCAAUCUGUCUCGAUUAUCCCGGAACCCACUUCCAUUUGUCAGUGAAAAGGGGAAACAAUUAAAGAAAGAGGUUCGGCUGUUGACUCACUUCGUGUUCCGCGGACAUCUCUGCUUGGUGUUCGAGUUGCUUUCCCAUAAUCUUUACGACCUGCUCCGCAAUACUAACUUUCGUGGUGUCUCACUGAACCUGACACGCAAGUUCACCCAACAGCUUUGCUCCGCGCUGGAGUUUCUCUCCCGCCCUGACCUCCAAAUUAUUCACUGCGACCUGAAGCCCGAGAACAUCCUCCUCAUCAACCCUAAGCGCUCCGCCAUCAAGCUGGUGGACUUUGGCAGCUCCUGUCAUGUCAACGAGAAGGUUUAUCAGUACAUUCAGUCGCGCUUCUAUCGCUCGCCUGAUGUUCUACUCGGUCUCGACUACACCAUGGCCAUCGAUAUGUGGUCUCUCGGAUGCAUCCUAGUAGAACUGCACACCGGAGAGCCCCUCUUUGCUGGACAGCAUGAGCUGGACCAAAUGCUGAAGAUAAUCGAGGUACUGGGAAUGCUCCCGUCUUAUCUCAUCGAGAAGAGUCGAAGGUGGCCAAUGUUCUUCGAACGCGAACCCAAUGGCAACUUUGUACCCAACUACCAGGCUUCAAUGAAGGACAACGUCAAAAUAAACUACAAGCCGCCGGGCGCGCGAAAGCUGAGUGACAUCCUGGGUGUCAACAGCGGGGGUCCCAUGGGUCGACGACUUCAGGAGCCAGGUCACUCGCCGCAGGACUACGCUAUUUUCAUGGACCUUGUACUGCAUAUGCUCAUUUACGACCCCGAUAAGCGAAUUCGCCCCUCCGAGGCUCUGGCACACCGAUUUUUUUGCCGCACCGCGCCCCAACCCACCAGCCGGGCGAUCGCACUGAGUGUUCAUCACGCCCGGCAGCACUCCGGCCAACCCCAAACCAUUUUGGCCAAUCCGGACGCACUCUUUUACCAGCGACACAGCGGCACCGUCGGUAAUAAUUGGAUGGGCAAACAGACCACGGGACUGGUGGCUGUUCCGCAGUCGGGUCAACCGGCUGGUGACUUCUUUAUCGACCUCCCACCUCAGGCGCAACAGCUGCCGCCCUCGUCCAUUACCUUCCAUCCGGGCACGGGAGCUCCAAUUUCACCCUACGAUGCACCCGCACCCCUGCUUCGACGCUACUCCAUGCGCAACGCCGCCGCAGCCGCCGCGGCUGCUGCUGAGAUCGCAAUGGGGCUCUCACCUCAACCGCAACCUCCGCCGCCUCCGCCAUCUUCCCUGUGGCGCUGA